AUGGCAAAAGGACCUCAUUAUAAACAUAAUCAUCAAUUAUUAUCAACACGAUCGAUUCAACAUGUACGAUUGUAUGAUGAUGCAACAUUAUGGAAUAAAUAUGAAUUAAUGGAUAAAUUAGGCGAAGGUAGCUUUGGAACAGUUUUCAGAGUGAAAAACAAAGAAAGUAAUUUAUUUUACGCAAUGAAAACGAUUGUCAAGAAGCCUGGUAAUAAAUCAAAAGUUACUAGUCUAGAUAAUGAAGUAAACUUAUCGAAAGAAGUGAAUCAUCCAAAUUUGAUACGACUCGAAGAAGUGUUAGAAUCAUCACAAAAUCUAUAUCUGAUCAUUGAGCUAUGUGAAGGAGGUGAAUUAGGUGCCUUUGUAAGGGAAAAUGGUGCAUUAUCUGAAGAAACAGUAAAAAAAAUUAUGUCGAAACUAGUCAAUGCACUUAAUUAUUUACAUAAAAUGGAUAUUGUUCAUCGUGAUUUAAAAUUAGAGAAUAUUUUGUUGAAAAAACCUGUAGCAACAAAAACCGAUGAAUUUGAUAUCAAAAUAACAGACUUUGGUUUAAGCUCCAAAAAGAGUAUUAUAGGAACGGAUACGCUCUUCAAUGAAUAUUGUGGAACCCCAUUAUAUAUGGCUCCUGAAAUACUUGAAAACAAAAAUUAUAGUGCUCUUUGUGACGUAUGGGCACUUGGUGUCAUCAUAAUAUCCGGACAAUACCCUUAUCAGGCAAAUGACGAACAGAGGUUACUUGAAUUUAUUAAAUAUUAUAAACCAAAAUUUGAUGGUCCGUUUCAUCAUUUAUCUGCAGAAGGUUUAGAGUUUUUGAAAGGAAUGCUUGUUUAUGACACUGUACAUAGAAAAACAAUGGGAGAGUUGACUGUACAUCCCUGGCUUACUGGACGUCCUGAUACUCGUCCAAAUAAAGACAUCAUCACAUUAAUGAGAGAAUUUCAAGAAGAAAAUGAACGAACACAACAUAUAACUACUGAUAAUCAUGGUUCAUCGAAUCAACGAUCAUCGUUAGCGAGUGCAAAUCGGUCGAUCGGUAUAACUCAUUCUCUCUCAUUACCCGAUAACGAUCCAUUACUUCAUCAAGCACCCAAUACUACGUCUAGCGGCAUGCCUUCAUCGACCAUCGUCAGUAUAGUAUCAUCAAAUAUAAAAAAUAUAGGAAUUGCAUCACAACCUCAACAGAUUAUUGAUGGAGCUAAGACAUAUGUUAGAACAAGCAAAAUAAAUGAAAAUCUCAAAAGUACAAAUAGACGAACAAAUCCGUCAUCUGACACUGGCAAUAUUUUAUCACAAUAUUCAAAACCUAGAUUAACUAGUAUGACAAUGGAAUCAUCGACUGACUAUCAUCAUUCUCGUUAUAUUGCGGCUCCAGUUACCAAACUUCGCACCGGUUUAAAUCGUUUUCAUUCUCAAGUUGAUUUAUUUUCAUCUAAACAACGAGGAACCUCUAUUGAUUUAUCGACGCAUUCCAUAUUAACUCAUAUUCCACAGUCGUCAUCUCAAAAUAGUGUUAAACACUUUCAUUCUUCGACAUUAGGUCAUUAUAAUACUAAUAAUGAUUCAUCAUUAUCCCCUCUAUCUAACAAUCAUCAUCAUCAACGUAAUAAUAAUACAAUUUCCAAAAUAAAUUCUCAUACAGUUCCCUCAUAUGAAUAUCAACGAAACGAAAAGAAAAUAAACGGUCCAUUGGAUAAACGAAAUAAUCAUAAAGAAAAUAGUAACUAA